UGAUUCUAGUGGAUCUUGUCAUUCCAGCCGAGUUCCUGACAGCAAUCGAUGCAAAUGUUUCCAUUCCAAAGAUACGAGCGAAUUUAACAGCUAGACUAUUGAAUCCAAGUAUGCCACUUCAAGUAAAUGCUUCCUCAUUCAACUUACUUUUUUACGAUCAGUGUGCUUCCGAAACCACAUACGGCGGAAUCAGGGGCAAUAUCACGUGGCCACAGACCUUUAUCGGUACCGACAUAACAGUACAAUGCCCCAUCGCAGUCCAUAGCAACCUUAUCAGAUACACCACACGGACAUGUGGAAUGGUCCCGCGACCUCAUAAUGCUAACCUGACCUGGGGUCUAUGGUCUGCUGCUAACCUCAAUCACUGCCCGAGUGCAAUAACUGUGGAUCUCUACAAAUUGUCCAAGGCCCGACUAAACACCAGCAACCCCUUCACGAUUCUAGAUCAUUCCAUUGCCGUGUCGAAUCUCACCAGCUUUGUUCAGAAGCUCAUAGCAGAUGAUGUUGAUUACGCGACAUCCAGCAUCUACAAUGCUGUUUCGACUGUCAGCAAGGGAUCCAACUUUAACAGUACUUAUAUCAAGCUGAUUGCAAAUGCCACGCUGCGAUCCGUAGACAACAUUCUAGACGUCAAUUCCACCAUCAUUUUGCCCCCACCAGCUGCCAGAGUUGCCAAAGCAAUGGAAAAGCUGAUGACAAUUGUACCACUGGAACAGGGUGAAGUGUUUCAGGCAUACGAGAACAAUGUGGGCUUUGCCCUGGCCUGUCAUGUGCCAAGCAGUGUCAACGAGAGUCUUCACUCCCACUAUGAUAGAGUUGCUAAUAGGUUUUACAUCAACACUAAUUUCACUUCAGGAGUUAUACCACUAGUGUCACUGGUAAUUCCAGGCAGUGCUAUAUCGCAAGCCACCGAGAGAUUACCCAAUUCCAGUCGCAUCAACUGCCCGAUAGCCCCCACAGCGUUGAUCCUGUACCGGUCACAUGAAUUUUUCGUUGACUCGCAACUUUACGACAACACCACAGUGACAUCUGACAUCAUCUCUGUCCAGAUUGGCCAGGAGGAGUUGGAUCAUCUCAGGGAACCAUUCAUCUCCACCUUUGAUCUCCCCUAUGCUGUUCCUACAGGAAAGGAUGACGAAGUUCGUUGCGUCUCAUGGGACUUCAAACUUGCUGAUGGAAUCGGUGGCUGGACAGAGGAUGGAUGCGAGGUGCUGGAAAUCAGUACGUCCAGGAACCAGACGACAUGCAGAUGCAAUCACCUGACACAUUUCGCUGUUCUCCUGGUUCGCAGCUCAGUAGACUCGACUGAUGUACCGCCUGUCGAAGAAAAGGUGCUGAAGUACAUAUCGAUUAUUGGCACUGCCCUCUCUAUGGUUGGACUACUCUGCACUAACAUUGCCAUACUUUUGAUCAAGAAACUUCGGCAGGGCCACCACCAUCAGAUGGUGUUUGGGCUAUGCACAACUCUACUUCUCUUCCUGUCGAUAUUCAUGCUGAUCCUGUAUUACGAAAACCUUCCACAGCAUGGCCUGGCAUGCAAAGCACUAGCCAUAGCCAUGCACUUUCUGCUGCUCUCUUCAUUCGUGUGGACGUCAGUGGAUGCCACGUUCCUCUACAAGCAGAUUGUGAUCGUGUUUGAUGAGACCAAGCAAAGUGUCAGAUACACACUUCACUCGUUGGUUUUCGUACUGCCGUUGAUUGUGGUUGCUGUGUCUGCUGGACUGACGCUGCCUGAUGGCUAUGGAGGAGAGAACAUCUGCUGGAUUCGUUCCGACCCGGUCUUCUACGGUGCUUUGGUUGCACCUAUGGCGCUGUGCCUUGGAUACAAUCUAGUCAUCCUUGUCAUUGUCGUCGUCACUCUGCAGAGACGUGGCAAGAACCUGGCUACAGCAUCAACAAACGCCAACAAGGGAAAGAAGGCUCUGCUCCGUACGGUCGUGUCCAUCUCCAUCCUGCUUGGCCUUACAUGGGUAUUGGGAUUCCUGGUGCUUGCUGAUGACAACAUUGUCUUUCAGUACGUGUUUGCCGUUCUGAACUGUCUGCAGGGUCUGUUCAUUUUCGUACACGUCAUCCGGGGCCAGGAUGCCAAGAAGGGCGUCGAGGAGAUUUUCUCCUCUCGCAAGUCGACAACGGGUUCAAGCACCAAAUCUACUGGACUUAUCAGCCUCAUACGUCGCGGACGUUACACGAGGACCAGUAGCAAUGCUGGCAGCGGCAGCAGCGGCAGUCAUGCGAAGAAGGGAACGGGGGAGGUCAAAGGAGUGCGAGGCAUCAAAGGCGGCAGCAGUAGCAGCAACGGCAACGGUAGCAAAAUUCCGGAUAGUGCUCAGCUAAGCACUCUGGAGAGAGUGAAGUUCAGAACUCCGGUGAGCACGAGGAGCGCAGCAGGAAAGGAAAGUCAUGCCACAUCUCAUCUCACACCCACUCCAAGACCUACACACCUCGCAACAACGCUCGACAGACAUGGAAAACUGGUGUCAAACCUCAGUCAAACGCCGACAACCGAUGAUGAGCAAAGUGUCUUCGUGCAUUCUCAAACGCCGGUUGACCUUCCCGAUAUUGGCAACCUCCUGUCGCCAGAAUCCCCUACAUCGGACUGGCGGCAAAGCUUCGAACUCUCGCCAAUAAGUUCCGCCUCCAGUAUUCCACCAUCAACACCACAAGAUGUGUCAAAAACCCAACGAACACAGUCAUUUCGCAACUUCAAAUUCGAGCAAUAUAAAAGUCCAUCUGGUGAUAUUUACGCCGGUGUAGACCUUGCACGGAAAGCCAGUUCAGAGAGUAAGAAGUAAUGCCCGGCUGACCACUUACCACCAACCACUGCUAGCAGUUCAUUUUUCAUAAUUAGAAAUGCAGAAUGUUUUCACUUUCCUGUUGCUCUUACAGGAUAAAUACAUAUUUUUUGCACUUUCCUGUUGCUCUUACAGGAUAAAUACAUAUUUUUUGGAAUCUUACUCGAAUACAAUAUUAUUUUAAUAAAAAUGAAAUUCAACAUUCGACCGCGUAAAUACUUUAAAGUAUUUACGCGGUCGAAUGUUGAGUUUCAAUUCUCUUUUUACAAUCUCUCUUUGAGCGCUCCCAUUCAUUAAUUUUACGCCAUGAGGACUCAUUCUCUCCUACGUUCUUAUCUUUGUGCAUGUCUUUUGAUACUGCAUUUAGUUAGAUGAUUUUUACAAAAGAGAAUGCCUCCAUGCAAGCAAGCAUGAUGCUGUUGAUGAAUUCUUUUGUGGUUCCUCUUUCGCUACUUUACAACACUAGUUGAAAGAUGAUAAUGAUAUUUUCAGUAGUAAAGUAUUUCUGUACAUGUACAACCACAUGCUAGUAAGUCGACUGCCUGCUGCAUCUACUAACGUUAAUAGCCUGAAUCUUUGUUCUGCGUAGGCAAGUGACUUUUGAAUGAUAGCCGAUCGGCAUGGUACAAUUUUCAUCGCUUCUUUUACUGGAUUGUGGGAAUCAUUUUAACCCGCUUGGAUUUGCCAUUCUGUA